AGCCGGCGGAGCAGGUGGGGGCGGCGGCCCCGCCUCCGCGUCCCGGCAGCCCCAGAGCCGGCGGCCGGGGAGCGAGCCAGGCGCACCGAGCGCAGCCCGAGCGCAGCGGGGCCGCAGCGGCGCCGCCGGGAGCGCGGUGCUGCGGGACGGAGCCCGGAGCCCGGAGCCCGGAGCCGGGGGCGGCGACGGCGGCGGGGACGUCGGCCGGAGCUCCAGCCCCGUCCGGCCCUGAGCACGGCCAGCGGCAGAGCAGAAACCAUUCUCUUGGGACCAUUCAUAAGCAAGGGACACCAACACUGUGACAUAUGCCAGUGCCACCGCCUCCGCCACCACCUCCUCCUCCUCUGCCUCCGCCUCCUCCGCCUCUGGGGGCUCCUCCCCCUCCCCCACCAUCAGUGCCCCCGGUAAGUACGGACACUUCCAGCUUGAGAAAGGCGGAUCCCAAAGGUCGGAGUGCACUGUUGGCUGAUAUCCAGCAAGGAACUCGCCUACGAAAAGUCACGCAGAUCAAUGACCGCAGUGCACCGCAAAUCGAGAGUUCUAAAGGAACCAGCAAAGAAGAAGGAGGGUCUGCAAACUCUCGAGGCGGAAGCACACCCCCAGCCCUGGGAGAUCUGUUUGCUGGUGGUUUUCCUGUGUUGCGACCAGCAGGCCAGAGGGAUGCAGCAGGUGGCAAGACAGGGCAGGGCCCUGGCUCCCGAGCGCCUUCUCCUCGGCUGCCCACCAAAACCAUCAGCGGCCCACUGACCGCCCCUGCAUCUCCCAGGCUAGGCAAUGCAGCCGAGGCGCAUGGCGCUGCCAGGACAGUCCCUCCUCGCCCCAGCGUGCCCGCGCCACCUCCUCCCACCCCGCCCCCACCUCCUCCCCCCUUACCCCCCCCUCUGCCCCCCUCCCCCCCCCCCCGCCCCCCCCCCCCCCCCCCCACCCCGCCCCCACCUCCCCCGGCCUCCAUUCUCAGUGACAAGGCGGUGAAGCCUCAGCUCGCCCCCUUGCACCUACCGCCCAUCCCACCCCCACUCCCUCUCCUCCCACCUUGUGGGUAUCCCGGGCUCAAUGCAGAUGCUGCCAGCCCCACCCAAGACGUUCGAGAACCUCCCGCCCCGCCGCCCCCGCCACCCCCGCCACCCCCACUCCCCCUUUAUGCCUCCUGUACCCCGAGGUCCUCUAUGCCUGCGCCCCCUUUGCCAGGCGCUAACAACAGCAUUGAAGCCCCACCUCCGCUGCCCCCCAAGUCCCCCAGCGUCCAGGCACAGCCACCGAAGCCCAGCGGGCAGACUUUGCCCGCGCCGCCCGCCCUGCCGGCGUCUCAGCCCUACCUGCAGAAGAAGAGACCGGGCCGAGGCCCAGGGACCAGUGGGGGAAAGCUAAAUCCACCCCCAGCACCCCCUGCGAGAUCACCCACCACGGAGCUUUCCAGCAGGAGCCAGCAGGCCCCAGCCUGGACUCCAACACAGCAGUCCAGCGGUCAGCUGCGGAACGGAACCCUGCGCAUCAUCGAUGACUUUGAGUCUAAAUUCACGUUCCAUUCUGUGGAAGACUUUCCUCCUCCGGAUGAGUAUAAACCAUGCCAGAAGAUUUACCCCAGCAAGAUCCCCAGAAGCCGUACACCUGGUCCCUGGCUCCACGCCGAGCCGGCCGGGCAGGGCUCCGAUGACAUCAAGGGCAGAAGCUCUCAGUUAUCUCUAAAGACACUCCGGUGAGAAGACGGAUGGUGCUGAGGUCCUGUGGGCCACCUAAGGGUCCACACCGCGGGCUGAGCAUCCCCAGGAGAGCGUGUCUGACCUCACCAUACUCAAGUUGUAAUUCAUUCGACAUUCAGGCUCUGAAUGGAGCAUUUAUUUAUUGUAAAUACGUGGUUUGCACAAGCUUUAAAUCAAUAUUAUAGUUGACUUUUGAGUAAUUUAAAAAAAAAUCCAUACGCACCAUUUCAACAUUUUUUAAAAUGCAUCUUGACAUUCGUCUGUCAGUCCAGAUAGAGCCCUGUCCCCACCCCAUAGAGUCCAUUCCAUGACUGUAAAUAUGCGUGCGAGCUGGCUCUUCCUAGAUUCUGAAUCGUUUUUAGAAGAACCCUUAGUUUGCAGAUAGUUCUAACGUCAUAGUAUCCACAACGGCUUCUUAUUGGCAUGAUUUUAUAUUCUCAUCACACCAACUGCAAAAUCAAACCAAAUAAUGCCUUACAAACGAUGCAGCUCAGAGAGAGUAGUGUGUCCCCACACCCAGACAAUACCACGCAGCCUCCAGUGAACGAGAUGCCACAUCUCGCUUCCGAUUUGCAGUACAGGGAUUUUUUUUGCUGCCUAAUGUAAAUGUAAAUAUAACACAAAAUAAAGGCAAGAGUGGGCUUGGCCCCUCCAGUGCCGACCACAGGGCCCCUUUUGUAACUGAAUGGGCCUACAAGUAGCCAAUGCUCUGACUGUUUACAGUGCCCCUUGUGCCCAAGCCUCCGUGACUUUCCUCCUGGCCCCUCCAAGCUCCCAGCCCCAUCUGGUAGUGAGGGUGAGGCGACAUGAGCUUUAUGAGAUUUCAGUAUUUUCCCUGCAAGUUAGAAACAUACAUAACUCAUUAUUAUAGCAAAUUACUAAUUCUAUCUCAGAGGUCUUUUUUUUUCUCCCCUAAAUGCAGGAUUUUUAUGUAAACUAUGACAUGAAAAAAUGUAGACCGAAAGGUAUUAUGAAAUAUCUGCCUCAAGUAUCUGGUGCCUCACCCCCACCCUGAGGAAACCUGGAACCACCUAUCCGGCAAAACCUAGCUCCUUUCUGAGAACUGGUCCAAGAGCUCCCGUGCCCUGUGGCGGGCACCUCUCUGUGGAGGGAGAACUGUGUGAGCUUAGCCACCCCUGAAAGUGAACCGGUCAGGACAGGCUGGAGUGCAGCUUCACUCCUUCUCUCGAGCUUCGGUGAGGGAAUGGACGUGUGCUUUUGCUUCCCGUCUGACCCCAGAUGCUCCCAUCCUUGGAGAGGAAGGUUGUGACAGAGGAAGGAGAAAAAGUAGAAGGAAACAGACAGAUCUCUGGUCUCUGCUCAAAAUAGCUUCAGAUUAAAGGAAAUCAGGGAGGAAGAGGCAGGAAGACCAGUGAAAAAUAAGUUUCCUUUGAAACAACCCAUGCGUGUGCUCACACCUCAAGGAUAUCAUGCCCAGACCAAGCCAUCCAAAAUAGGUAGACGCUUGUUAGGAGGGUUUUGGUGAAUGUACUGCAGACACCCAGCUGUUGUCAGGAGUAAAGACCAAGAUGGUGGAUGGUCUCCCACAUUAUUGUUGUGCUUUCUUUCUCAUUCCAGAUAGAAACAACUGAGCAGGUCAAGUUCCCUUCCCUGGGGAAUAAAUCAUGCCAAAUUGUAACAGCUAAAUCAAUGGGAAAGAAGCUUUUGCAGGUCAUCAGCUCUGGGUUUAGCUAAUUUGCUUUAUUGGUUCUGGAAGGUUUCAGAAAGGUCAGAGUUUCUUUAUUGUAACAGUAUCCACUCCACCUCCCUCGAAGUUGCAUAAAAUAAUUACAAAGUUUUAAUUAUCCUGAUUAAGAAGGCCCUAGACAAAGGCAAUGCCACCUUCAGAGUAGAUUGCCUGCCCUGAUGAGGUGUUGAUACAUUCAUGUUUUGCACCACGGGGAUGGAGAUUAAAAAUAAAACUAUUCAAGGACAGAGAGAAGGAAUGAGCAGAAACCAAAAAUUGCAAUUAGGGAGAAAUCUCAGGACUCUGGCAUCACACCCCUCCUAGACCCAGCCCUGAAUUCAUGCCCUCUGAACUCAGGCCGGGGCACCGAGUUCCCUCUGGCAGGACGAAGGCUUCGCCCCUCGCCCAUCAGCUCGUGUGUAGAACAUCCGAGUCAUGCGCCCCACAUCCUUGCAUAUUCUCGCUGACACGGUCGUCUAAGACUCCCCCAACGUGUCCCAUGUAUUUUAUAUUUAUUGAUGUUCCAUCUGCAGAUUCAUUUCUUUGUACCUAAUAAACUUUAAUAA